AUGACAGGUCUAGGCUCUUCAUGUGGUGCAUGCAAGUUCCUAAGAAGAAGGUGCAUGAUGAAAGAGUGCGUUUUUGCACCUUACUUCAGUUAUGAUCAGGCUGCAACCCACUUUGCAGCAGUGCACAAAGUUUUUGGGGCCAGCAAUGUUUCAAAGCUACUACUUCACUUACCUGUAAACUAUCGAGGUGAUGCUGCAGUGACUAUUGCUUAUGAGGCCCGAGCUCGCAUGGGGGAUCCCAUAUAUGGCUGUGUUUCCUACAUCAUAGCACUCCAACACCAGGUUUCCAGCUUACAACAGGAGAUUGAAAUUCUUAGCCACCAAAUGGGUUUGAACUCUGUCAUUGGGGUUGCUGGCAGCUCUAGUAGUUUGCAUGCAAGUUCUUCUGCCUCAAACUGCGAAACACAACUUUCUCCACAUCCAAAUGCUAUAAACACACAGUGCCAACAGAAUCACGAAAAUAUAAUGGCUGGAAAUCAAGAUUUUGACAGCAAGAUGAUCCCAGAGCUUGCCACUGUGUAUGGAUGGGAAAAUCACAACCCCUUCUGCAACUCUCCCCCAUGCAGCUUAGAUGACCUCCUUAAAGGAGUUGACAUUGAGUUGUUUCCAUGUUGGCCUGACAGCAGUAACAAUGGCAACUAA